ACCUUGAUGUCCCAGUUUUGACUGUGCACCAGACAGUCGGCGACAUACGAACAGGUUUCUACCAGGAGAAGACGGUAUUCCUUCGGUGCACCGUCAACUCUAACCCUCCUGCAAGAUUCAUCUGGAAACGUGCCGCUGUGGUUAUCGAACAGAGCAAAGACACUGGAGUGGACAUCUAUGAACCUCUAUACACUCAGGGUGAGACCAAGGUGCUAAAACUGAAAAACCUAAGGCCCAAGGAUUUUGCAGACUACACUUGCCAGGUGUCUGUCCGCAAUGUGUGUAACAUUGAAGAUAAGUCAGUCACCUUCAGGCUAACGAACGCUACAGCUCCCCCUAUGAUCCGGCUGUCUGUCAACGACAGUGUGGUGGUUGAUCCUGGGCAAGAUGUGGUCAUGACCUGUGAAGUGACUGCAGGUUUACCCCCACCCACUGUUAUAUGGUCCCGCUAUCCUGGACCCCUCCCCCUCAGUGCUCAAGUUCGGGGACCGACACUGGUUUUGCGUGCGGUCACACCAGCGGAUGCAGGUUUCUACAACUGCACAGCAACCAACAAUGUGGGCAACCCUGCUCGCAAGAAUGUCAAUCUCACUGUCAGGACAAUGGGCAACCUGACUUUCCAAAUCACACCGGACGCUAACAAGGACAGUGAGAGCAUCCAAAUUAAUCGGGACUUGAAACUGUCAUGUCACGUUGACGCCACCCCACAGGACAAAAUCAACUACACCUGGUACAAGAAUGGUGCUCCUGUCUUCACCUCUGAUAACCUGGUGUUACUGCGCAGCGACCCAGACAUGGCACCCGGCACAAGUAGCUUGGAGAUUAUUGACGUGAAGUUCAGUGACAUGGCUAUGUACAGCUGUGUGGCAAACUUCCCUGGCAGCAGGGUCCCAGAGCUUCGUGUGGAUGUCAACAUCUCCCAAAGCAGUGUCACUCCUCCAACACUAUCAGUACCACCAGGGGGUCAGGUUGUAAGUGUACGUGAAGGAGGAAAUGCUGAAUUGGUUUGCCUGGUUGAUGGUAAACCCCGUCCUCCAAUUCUGUGGUCACGGACAGAGAAGGAUUUGCUAAUGCCUUCGGGGAGGCCCGUGGUGGAGACAGCCGAUGGCCGCUUGAGGCUGAGGAAUGUCAGCCGGGACAUGAUGGGGGUGUAUCGGUGUCAGACAGCUCCGUACAAUGGCCUUAACAUCAAGCGCAGAGAGGCACAGGUCCAGCUGAAUGUGCAAUACCCUCCUAUGCUGGACCCAGUCUUUCAGGAUGUGCGUUCGAGGAACUUUCAGAUAGUGACCCUGAGAUGUACUGUGCUGCGGUCCAACCCUCCUCGCCUAACAGACAUCCGCUGGCUACGCAACGGCGAGUUCAUCCGGAUGUCUGUAUCUGACCCAAAGCAGAUACCGGAGCUAAAGUUCAAGCUGGAGCCCGCUAGCAAUGGCACGUAUGAAUGCCGAGUCAGCAAUAAUGCAGGAACAUCAACAUGCCGGUUCAAUGUCUCUGCACAACCAUACAAUGCUGAGUUUUAUUUUGAUACUCCAAACCCAGUGCGCAUUCUGAAGGGAAAUAAUUACUCCUACAACCUACAGUGGACACAGAGGGAGCCCCAGGCCACAGACCGUAUCAUAGGCUACUGGCUAAAUGUGCGAAAGAACAAGCAGAACCUGGUCUCAAAGCAAAUAGACCUGAGAGGAAAGGAGCCAGAGAAGGGUGUGCUAAUGUCCCACACAAUAACAGACCUGAGAAUCCCUCUGUCCUAUGAGGUGCGACUGGCUCCCAUCACCACCUACAGCACCGGGGACUAUGUCAGCCGAAUGAUUCUGUACUCAGAACCCUACACCUAUCCACGAUCUUCAGACCAAGUGUGUGGGUUCGAAGAUGAGCGGAUCUGUGGUUUCUCACAAGACCGAAGUGAUGUUUUUGAUUGGACAAGACAGAAUAAUCUUACGCACAAUCCCAAACGAUCUGCCAAUACCGGCCCAGAGACCGACCGUAGUGGAACAAAGGAGGGGUACUACAUGUACAUCGAAGCAUCCCGACCUCGUGCUCAAGGCGACAAGGCUCGUCUCCUCUCUCCACUUUUUAAUGUGUCGUCAGUCAGGGGUCCCAAGGGCUCUGGUCGAGUCCCGUACUGUGUCUCCUUCUACUAUCACAUGAAAGGAAAACAUAUUGGCACACUCAAUGUUCUUCUGAGAGUGAGAAGUAUUGCGCCUGUGGACUCAGUGGUGUGGACAAAAUCAGGUCAUCAGGGCCCAGACUGGAGGAAAGCCUUCUUUGACAUCAACCCCAGUGGACCUUUCCAGAUUGUGUUUGAAGGCAUCCGAGGCCCAGGCUUUGAGGGGGAUAUCGCCAUCGAUGAUGUGUCCAUCACCAUAGGGAAGUGCAAGCAAGAAAACACUGUAGCCAACGCAGGUAAGACAGUUCUUAUUGGAGGAUCACGCUCUCUCCCAUUGGCCAGGUGGCUGACCUUUGGCCUCUCCUGCUUCCUCUCACUCCUCUACAGAUGAUGAGCACUUCCCUCAGCACCACCACCUGUCUGUACUGACAGACACUGCCCUGACUCGCGCUUUUCUAAUUCCCUCGUUAUCCUCCUCUUUGCUCCGCACAUGUGUCGUCACUUGUCUGUCCCCCUCAUACACGGUCAUAUCCCUCCUGACUUAUAUCAGUUUAAUGCCUCUAUCACAUAUAACAUAGUUUUUAGGUUUUUGCCCUCCUUUUUUGUUGGCUGUUGCAUCAUUUACGCAUAGAGUAAAAUCAAUUGACUUACAAUCUGUAUUGAAGGUUGACAUACUUAUAAAUGAGUAAAGUUUUCACCUUGAGCAUUAUGAUAGAAACACCUUAUUCAUGUUAGUGUCACCUUUUUGCCUUUUCGCUGCUUCCUCAACCAUGUUUGUCCACGUGCAUACCCUUUGUGACCCGCAAAUCCACCCCACACCUCCCGCCACAGUGCCCCCAACACCUACAGCCGCUAUCCCCCACACUCCUGGCACCCUAUUCCCAGACACACCAAAGUGUCGGACACGCUACCAAAGAUGACAAAGAACCCGAGGGAAUAAAAGGGAGAAAACAGGGAUCCCAAAAAGAAGAGUGAGAAACAAAGUGGUGAAAGAUGAAAACGGAAAAAAACAUUUUUUUUACAAAGACUGCCAUUUUUUUGCAUCAUUCUUUGGGGUAGUUUAGAACUACUGGCAUGGGGAUGAAGAACCAGAUGAAUGAGUAAAUCAAAAUAAAUGUUUGUGGGAAAGGACACAUUUAAAGAGGAUGAUGAAAGCUGGGUGCCCCCGGUAGCCUCUCUGCUUGCCACAAGAGACAAACCUCAGUGCGGAUUAUACGUGUACAUUUAACUGUCUCUAUACAUAUAUAUAUAUAUAAAUAUAUCUAUAUAUUAAAUAUCACAAAAUUUAAAUGAAAAGACUACAAGGACAAUGCAGGACUGUAGUAAUUGAAAUUAAAGAAGCACAAUGUUUAUACUACUCUGUUGUACCUUUGGAUUUUAUUUCACUUCUUAUGUGAUGUUGCAGUCAAACCUAUUCAAUGUUUUUGAUAUUUGUUUUUUUUUUUUCUUUUGCUUUGCUGUCCUAAGGAUCAAGGACAAUGAGUAAUAAAGUAUUAUUAUAUUCAUAUCUAUAAUAUGUAGAGAGGAUGAUUUAUGAUCCUGAACCGGAUCUGAGCACCCAGAGGGAAUACACAUAUGACCCAAGCCAUCUGGAUAGAAACCUCUACCUUUUCUUUGCACUAAUACUAAAGAUACACACCCUCAGACAUAUAUUACACUAAAACACACUCAUCUGUCCUUGCUGCCAUUACCGUAGACCCUGCGGCAAACCCUGUUCUUGAAUAAACCAGAAGGAAAUAUAUGAAUGGUUGAAUGGAUUUCUAGCUACUACAUUAAUGCAUUUGUUUUUGUAACAUGAGCCAAACGUUUGAAUUAAUAAACAAAAACAGAAUUCACUAUACAAAGAUAAUACAUUUUUUCUAAAUUAAUAAUAAGAUAAACCUAAAGCAAGCUCCAUGAUUUAUUUUUAUUUUAUGUCAUGUAAUGUCCCACAACAACUUGUCCGUCUGCAAGGUGGUGUAUGUUGAUUCCAUUAUAUGCUUACCAUUAUUCAAAUAGUGAUGUUUUUAGUUUAAUCAGAGCUCAUAAUACCAUUUAUGUGAUUGUUAAAUUUAAGCAAUACUCACAUCUGUCUUUAUAAACAUCCAUGUAUAGAUAAACCUCUUGGAAAAAAGAAACAUCCUAAUGGAAGCUUCAUUCACCCUUUAUCAGAUGCUACUUGAACUGAAUACAGUUGUGCUUUGUUGCACCAUGCUUCAUCCUAUCUAAAAUAACUGUCAGUUGUUAAACUUAUUUUGAUGUGCUUCUGUGUAUUGAUCAUCUCCAUUACCAUGUAUCUUGCACGUGAACCUGUCUGUUCAUUCUUGUACUUACUUAUAUGUGCAUCAUAUCAAUAUUGAGUUGAUCAUUGCAUUUCUUUUUUCUUCAGUUUGUGUUUGUUUGUGUUUUACAAAGCUACAUUGUUGCUUUUUUUGAAUACUGAGUGGCACAUAACACACAGCCAUUGUGUGCCUGUUUGAUAUUGACUUGCCCUGAUGUGAGGAGGUGCAUCUAUGCUUGUUGUGUCAAGCAAGAACACAUCUGUGAAAUCCCACAAUAUGAAUAUUAAGACAAAUUUAAACUUUGUUAGCUUUUUUUGGGGGGAAAAGAUAACUUUUCUGUGCAUUAUCUUUUCUGACUGCAUCUGUCUGAUAGAAGCUUUUAAGAAAAUGCCUCCAGUUUUCUUACAGGUUUUAACAAAUCAGAUAUUAACAGCAUUAUUAUCAGGUUAUGUUGUACAGGUUCACAAGCAGUAUUCCAUACUAAUGAGUACACCUUACAUAUGUCAGUAGUUUGCCUAUACUCAGCUGCAAGUUGCUUAUCGCAUAAAAAACAUAGAUGUGCAUGGCAUCUC